GGAAACAAAAUGCGGAUGUGUGUGUGUCAACCAAGUGUUCUCGUGUGCCUAAACGUCAUCUGUGACUCUUCCUCCCAGUUAUUUUCUAUUUCACUCCUAGUCUCACCCCUCUCGCGGUCCGUUCUCCAGACGCAGCAGCUCGGCUAGUAUACGCCUAUUCCCGGCCAACCCCCCUGUCCCCCAGAGAGAAGAGAAAGAAUACAUGGGACACAACGAAAGAUAAAUUAUCCUAGAUUGUUGUUUAGAUUUAUCCAGGACAAUCAGAGCGGAUAUCCAUCGACACAGAAAGAAACCCCGCCUUUACUCGUCUCGCGGUCUCUCAACUUCUCCCACCUACUCUUUAUUUUUAUCUCAAUCCUUCUUUCUAUUAAAAUUGUUUUUGACUGGAUGGAAAGAUGUGGAUAAACGGCGGAAGUGGUCAGGUCGGACCCUAAUCUAAAACAACGAGACUCCCGGGCCGUCACGAACGCAGCAGGCAGAAUAUAUUCAACAGGACGGAGCUAUACUUUCUCUGGCUGGACUGAUUUUCUGCUCAGCGGUCGAACUUUCUGAAAAUUGCAUAUAGGCUACCGCUGUCUGUUCUGUGUGCUCUAACCCAAAGUCUCAUACAUUGCCUUGAACCUCAGUGAGAGGGGAUUGGGACCAAAUAUGGUGUCCAGCCUGAGCGAGUGGUUCUGGAAUGAGCGGCUGUGGUUCCCUGAGGGGCUGGGUUGGGCUGACCUGGAGGACAAAGAUGGCCGUGUCUACGCCAAGGCCAGCGACCUUUGGGUGGUGCUACCCAUCGCCCUAGCCUUCCUCGUAAUACGACAGAUCUUCGAGGGGUUAGUGGCCACCCCACUGGCUGCUGUCAUGGGGGUGAAGGAGAAAGUUCGGCUCAUAGUCUCACACAACCCCACACUGGAGUCCUUCUACUGUAACACAACCAAGAACCCCUCACAGAGUUCUAUAGACAGUCUGUGUAAGCAGACAGGUUGUUCAGAGAGACAGGUGCAGAGAUGGUUCAGGAGACGCAGGAACCAGGACCGACCCAGUCUACUGAAGAAGUUCAAAGAGGCCAGUUGGAGAUUCACCUUUUACCUUCUUGCUUUCAUUGCUGGCCUGGCUGCCCUCAUUGACAAACCCUGGCUGUAUGACUUUAAGGAGAUGUGGCAGGGCUUCCCUAUUCUGACUCUCCUGCCGUCUCAGUAUUGGUACUAUAUGAUAGAGCUGGGUUUCUACGUCUCUCUAAUCUUCAGUGUGGCAUCAGACGUCAAACGGAAAGACUUUAAGGAGCAGAUGGUUCACCAUAUGGCCACCAUCUUCCUCAUCAGUUUCUCCUGGUGUGUCAACUACAUCAGAGCGGGCACACUCAUCAUGCUGCUGCACGACUCCUCCGACUAUUUACUGGAGUCCGCUAAGAUAUUCAUCUAUGCUGGAUGGAGAAACACCAGUAACUACGUCUUCUUCCUCUUCGCUGCCGUCUUCAUCUUCACUAGACUCUAUAUCUUCCCCUUCUACAUCAUUUAUUCUACGUACAUUUAUCCAAUGACUAUGUACUCUCCGUUCUUUGGAUACUACUUCCUGAAUUUCCUUAUGAUGGUGCUGCAGUGUCUCCAUAUCUUCUGGGCCAUCCUCAUUCUGCGUAUGGCCGUCCGCUUCCUGAGGAGCGAUGAAAAGGUGGAGGACGAGAGGAGCGAUAAAGAAGAGACAGACGAGUCAGGGGAGGAAGAGGAGUGGGAGGAGAAGAAAGGUGCAGUGCAGAAUGGUCACGCCGCUCACAACAACCACCGCAAGACGGAGUAAUGAAAACGUGUGCCAGGAAGUAAGAGUGUGAAGAAUUCACAUCCCUCACUCAUUAGAGUGGGAGGGAAGGGGAAAGGGAGAGAUGGAGGGAAGGGGAAAGGGAGAGAUGGAGGGAAGGGACAGAGUGGUAGGGAAGAGGAAAGGGACAGAGUGGUAGGGAAAAUGGACGAAGGAGAAGGAAAGGCAUUCCUAAAGCCUGAGAAGUACAGGUAGACCUGUACCUGUGGUUAGAUACACUGUUCUACAUUAUAAACACUCAAUCACACACACAAUUUUGGAUAUACUACAUUAAUUGGCAUGGACCUGUUAUUAUAGUCCAUUAAUAACACACACACACACAGGUAAUUAUCACGAAACUGUAAUUAAAAAAAUACAUUUUGUCAUUUUUCACAAAAUGUCCUCUUGAAUAACAGAUUAGGAUCUAUACGUAUCUAUUUUAUAAUUAUUAUUCGUUUUUUAAAUCAGAUAUUAUACUAACAUGUUCAUAAAAUUCUCAUUCGUUUUUGUCCAAAAAAGUUAUAAAUCAAUAUUUCUAUAUUUUUUAACAUUGCUCCCCUAAUGAAAAUGCCUGAGACAAAUCAUUUUAAAUUACAAUUAUUAUAAAAUGAAAAUCAGACUUUUCCCCAAUUUGAGCUCUUUAGCUGUUUUCUAAGGACUACUCUAGAUGAUGCAUCAUGGGGGAAGAAAUGUUUAUUUAAAAACUGGAGUUUUAUAGGAACUUGAAAAAAAUGGUAAUGAGACAUAUCCACAGACACUGCUUGUAUGUAAUAAAUAUUAUAGUUUAAUGUAAACUUCAACUAGUAUACAAUUUUUAUAAUUUAUGGAGAAACUACAGCAACAUAUUUUGUUUUAUUUAAAUAAGUUAGGUUUUUCUAAAUAUGUAUUUUUAUAAAAUUACCAUGAAUUUAAUCAGGAGGCAUUUCAGUAAUGAAAAUGUAUUUUAAUUUUUUUACAUGACAUUUUCCCCUAAAACUAGACAUCUUAGUCCUAAGAAUGAUAGUUGAUUUUUGCAGAUGCAUCAUAGUUUUGUAACUCAAUUUGUUCCAGACAUUUUAAAACUGGUUUCAUGAGAAUACCUCCCCACACACACACACACACACACAAGUUAAGGAAUAGCUUUGGGAACGUCUGUGUGAUUUCAGUCCCUCUAAAAGAGUGUUCAAAAUGAUGUGAAUGGAAGAGAGGACAGAAUGAUGAGAAUGAUGAGAAUGAAGGGAAGAGAAGAAAGGGGAGAAGGAAGAAUAGAAGGAAGGAGAGAAGGAAGAAGAGAAGAAAGGGAAGAAGGAAUAAUAGAAGAAAAGGGAGAAGGAAGAAUAGAAGUAAGAAGAGAAGAAAGGGGAGAAGGAAGAAUAGAAGGAAGGGGAGAAGGAAGAAGAGAAGAAAGGGGAGAAGGAAGAAUAGAAGAAAGGGGAGAAGGAAGAAGAGAAGAAAGGGGAGAAGGAAGAAGAGAAGAAAGGGGAGAAGGAAGAAUAGAAGGAAGAAGAGAAGGAAGGAGAGAAGGAAGAAGAGAAGGAAGAAGAGAAGGAAGAAGAGAAGGAAGAAGAGAAGGAAGGGGAGAAGGAAGGGGAGAAAGUGUGAUGCUGCUUCUAGUAUGGCUCUUCUUACUGUACUCAUGUGCCUUACAGCCAGACUAUGGUGCUUUUACCUUAUUCUGGUUUUUUUCACUUACCUUGUUGUUGCUCAACCUGCUAUAAGCAUGUUUUGUCCAUGUGCCUUUAUGUCCAAUACUCCAGUUUCCAUGAAAGACAGACUUUAGAAAAGAGACACAACAAGAUUUAACCUGACACACAAAUACACAAUCGUGUGAAUUUUGAUUUGGGGCUGACUUACAGAUUCGCCGGCCCUGGUUUUUAUGAUUCUAUGCAACUAUGUUUUUUUCUGCUCAGCUCCUGUAGUGCAUCUGAAUGGGCGUUGUUUGGGACACCUCUAAGCUUGUAGAAGCCAUGCAGUAAGAUAGUGAGGGAGUCUGGUUGUCUCCCUCACUGGUACCAUGGGUUUAAAUACUGCACUGUAUGGACCUUGAUUUGAGGGUCUGUUUAUAAACUUCUUUAUUGAAUGGUUAAUAAACAAUGUAAUAAUGUGAACUGGUUCAUAAACGAUGUAAUAAUGUUUAUUAGCAGCUUAUAAGCAGUCCUUCAAACAAAGUGUUAAAUCGUUUUGGGGGGUAUAUUGAGAUUCUGCUGAUUCUGAAUGAUGCUCUCCUUCCUCUGCUGAUGUCAUGUUUAUGUGCCAGUGGUAACGCUCUGUCUGUAGACUCUCUCCGUUGACAUUGGAGAGGAAAAUACUUGUUAUCAAACAGUUUUACACAGGCAGAACUUUAUUUUCAGUAUAUCUUCUGAGUGUCAUUGACAUCUUACCAAGGUCACACAGGCAGAACUUUAUUUUCAGUAUAUUUCAAUAGUUUUUGCAAAACAAAAAUUGCCAUUGUAAAUGUAAAGGCAAAAAACAACAGUCCAGCCAGUCAGGAUCCAAAAUAGAAUGUCAAUAAUUCCAAUUUUAAAAAAAGCAAUAUUUUAACUGUUAGACCAGUUAAGACCAGUAUGGACCAGUGUGGUAUGAUGCAUGUCAUCGACUAGAGAUGCAUUCAACUCCGCUAACGAUUAUAAAGCUCCCAACUCUGAGCGCCCACCAACAAUCCAAUUCACCAAGAAUGUUCGACAACAGGAGCGAACUGUUCUAUUCUAUUGAAAACACUUGAUUGUGUACUCUUUCUUCAACAAUGACCUCGUAAGGACUAAAGUUUUCUGCAAAUGUUUGCAGAGUUGAAUGCCAGUCUGGUUUGGUCCAGUCCAAUCUGUUUCUGGGCACAAUGAUCCAGUAGAAUCCUGACCCACACUGAAGAUAUCAUGCAUCAUGAUGGAUAUUUUUCGGGGGCCUGGAUUGGUUGGUCAGAACAGGACAUUUCUUCUCAGGAGACUGGAAAGGGCCAUUGUAAUUUAUGCUUUAUUUAGGGCAGAUUUUUUAGGCCAUACUGCCCCGGAUUAGAUUAUCCCGUGUGUGUGGUAUGUGUUUUUCUGUUAUUCUAGAGUGAUUUGAGGUAUGAUUCCUAUGAGAAACAGGUUUACAGUCAUGUUUCAUGUUUGACAUCAUUGUUUCAGAAAAGUUAGGAUUUUUCUUGAGUUUGGAUUUUAGCAACUCAAUUGCUCAGUAAGCAAAAGUAUGAUACAUGGAACAAUGGAAGUGUUGUAUUUUUAUCAUUAUAUAUUUUCAAUUGUUGUUGUAUGUUAAGUGCCUUAUCUGUAAUGUAUGGGAUAGCCUACCCUCUCACCUUUCUACCUUCUUCAGCUCCUCUCAUCCUCAUUCAUCCUUUCUCCCUCUUUCUUUUGCUUCUUAUUGUUCCCCACUCCUUCUACUCAUCCAUCUCCUCCCUCAUUCUGAGAUCCUCCCCUCACAGCCUUUCACAUCCCCAUUCCAACCCUCGUUCAUUUGUACUAACCUUGACCAAUCUUCCUCUCUUCCCCCAUCGCUUUGGAAAAACAAGUCACGUAAUUACAGUGUUAUUUUUUUGUGUGUAUUAUGAUGCUUAAGUAUUAUCAUUAAUAAUAAAAACAACGAUCAUGAAUCACUACGCCAAA